AUGGGUUUCCAGCCCGAGCUUCCGCCCACAGGAAGAAGGACGCACAUCACUGCCAUUUACGAGCAGAGCCCCAUCCAGACGUGGAGCAUAUUCCACGUCAUGCCACCACAUCAUCUCACGCCCCCAAGGGCUACCUGGGACCGGCGCCUCGGGCUUGGCUUCUUGGUCGCGGCACGGUCCUCCGACCUCAAAGCAGGGACCACCUCCUGCUUCAUCACCUCCCCCCCACCACAGCUGGACUUGACUCAGCGUCUCAGGCUCGCCCAAGAUGGCAAACACUCUCCACGCCCCCCUUCUCGACUGUCGCUUUACCCUUCCAACGAUCUCGGUGUCACCAUCAAGGGCGCAGAUACCUUUACCAUUGUGACCGACGUCUUCGUACCAACAGCGCGGCUUGGCAAUAGCAAGAAGUUGCGCAGGAGGAGGAGCUCAGCAACGGACAUCACCCCGAACACUGUCGCCUGGUUCGCUUCGCUCCCCCCUGCGGUUCAGAGGAAGCUCUUCUCGAAGGACGAGUGUUCCUUCCUUUCGCGAGAGAAGGAUACCCUCAUCCUCGACGCCGCAGACGAGACCCUUCGUCGCCGUAGCUGGCAUACUACUCAACUCACUGCUUUCGAACCUCGGCGUUCCGAAGAAGAAGACGACGACACCAUCGUGGACAGUGAAGACCUCAACGACGACGUUCGAGUGGAUUCUGCAAUCGAUAUGGGUGGCGACUACACAAUAGAUGGCUUCCGGUGGCUGGACGAUGAAGGAGACCUGGAUCUCAAGCUGGACGACUACCAUCAGGCCAUUGCCGAGACCAAUCGGCGAACAAUGUCUGCAUCAGGCCCUGCCAGACGGCGAUCGAGACGAAAUCCUUCCCUGUCAAGCCUCUCCAUACGUCGUGGCCGGUCGUCCACAUCGUCGAAUCGGCCAGUCGUCGAGGUACCCCCAACACCAGCUCUACCACCUAUACCUCCUCACGCUCGCGCUUCGUCAUUUUCACUCAAGCACUUUCGCUCCCAGGCAUCUAUAUCAUCAAUCGAUCCCCGCGCGACUCAUUAUCAAGACCCAGCUGCUCGGAUGAAGCUGCGGCUCUAUCUUGCCUCCCCACAGAAGUUCGACGAGGCGGUUGAGUUUGGCUUCCCGUCGGUGCAAGGCAGAGAUCCUCGAACACCGAUUAGACCAAUGACAAGCCCACAGCAGCGACCAGAAACCAACAGGACCUUCUUUCACGACGACACGCCAUCACUAUCAGGUGAUGACGAGACCGAUCCAGAAGAACCAGACACCCUUUUCGAUCCGAGGACCCCUGAAGACCCGGUCUUCCAGAUGAACCGUCCCUCGCGGAAAGGUAGUGUGGACGGGUUUGCCAGAUCGCUACGACCCUUUUCAAUACGGAGACCUACCGAAACAUAUGCCCGUGGACUUCCGUCGGAUCGAGAGAUGACGCUACACAUGACUCUGACACGACCAGAUCUCCGCGCCCCAGAGGAACUGCAAUCACCCCAUGACAUGCAGAAGGUCAACAAAAUACCAUUGGAGAAGGCCGAACUACCGCCAGAGGCUACUCCAGUCUCUAUUUGGGACACGCUCCCCCCUGAAGAAUCCAAGAUGAAGAGGCUUCUUCGGAAACUGAAGCUCAAGUGA